AUGAAAAAAUUCAGGGAAUUGAAAAAGACAGGUGAUGGGACAUUUGGGGUUGUAAUAAAGGCUGAGGACACCUAAACUCAUGAUUUAGUUGCAAUCAAGAAGAUGAAAUAAAAGUAUCACAAUUUUGAUGAAUGUACAAAUUUGAGGGAAGUUAAGGCUUUAUUGAAACUCCAAAAUCACCCCAAUAUUGUUAAGCUUAAAGAAAGUAUAAAUAAUUAAUAAGUAGUUUUCCUUGAUAAUGAUACUUUAUGUUUAGUGUUUGAAUUUGUCGAAAAAAGUAUUUACUAAAUGUACACUCAAUAAAAAGAAAUGGUACAACAGAUUUAUCUAUUUUAGGGGAAAACAAUAUCAGAGGAUCAAAUAAAAUCAAUUAUUUAUCAAGUCGCCAAUGGACUUAGUUACAUGCAUAAACAUGGAUAUUUUCAUCGUGAUCUCAAACCCGAGAAUAUGUUAGUCACCAACAACGGAGUAGUUAAAAUUAUUGACCUUGGAUGCGCAAGAGAGAUAAGGUCCAGACCUCCCUACACCGAUUACAUAGCCACAAGGUGGUAUCGAGUAUAAUUUCAAUUAAAAUUUAGGCUCCAGAAAUUCUUUUGAAGUAAGUCAAUUAUAAUAGUCCUGUUGAUAUUUUCGCAUUAGGUUGUAUAAUGGCUGAACUAUUUCUAAACAGACCUCUCCUUCAAGGAAAUUCAGAAUUGGAAUAAUUUAACAAGAUUCUCUCGACUCUUGGGUACACUUCUUAAUUCAAUUAGAACAUUUACUUAAACUGAAUGGCCAGAAGGAUGUAGAUUAGUAUCUCAAAUGGGUUUGGCUCUUGCUUAGUUUUAGCCAUUACAGUUAUAACAAUUGAUACCUAAUGCAAGCACAGAGGCCAUCAAUCUGUUGACCCAAAUGAUUAGAUGGGAUCCCAAUAAGAGAAUUACUGCAGCGUAGAUGUUGACUCAUCCAUUUUUUUAUAACAUAGAGAAAAUAGCGCCAUCAUUGAUUUUUGAAGAAUAAGUCAAAUCAAAAGAUGAGUUAAAAUUCUUUGAGUCUGAUCACAAGAACAAAUCCUACAGUUAGAAGGACGAGCCUCUUACUCAGUUCAAGCAAAAACAACAAUUUUAAUAAUAAAUAAAAGAUGAUGAUAGCAAUGAUUUGGAUGACAUUCUGGAUUUCAUAACGACAGAAAACAAACCAAUGCCAUCCAAAUUAUCCACUUAAAGCGCUAAGACUCUGGACUUUGGUGAAUAUGUUCCCACCUAACCUAUGAAUCGAUAGACUAGAAAUUUGUAGUCGAGUUAAUUGUAGGAAUAAAAUAAGAAGGACAAUAAUUCUAUUUAUGAUUUCAGUCAUUUACAAAGUUACAAGCCAAACAAAUAGCCAAAUAUAAAUUCUAAAUAUUGA